GGGUGAGGUCAUGGCGCACCUGGCUGUUUCCCGGAAGUGGGGUGCAGCGUAGGGCUCAGCUCGGUGGCUGCGGGGCCGCAGCGGCCGGUUCUGGUCCCGCUCCCUCGGCCCAGCCCGUCAUGCAGGCGGCGGAGCGCGACGGGGCGGCGGGCAGCCCUGAAGGGGUGGCGGCGGGCGGUGAGGCCCCGCCGGAGCUGUCUUCGCCCAGGGCCGCCGCCGCUUUCGACCUGCUGGAGCUGGUGCGGAGCUACCGGCGGCUGGAGCUCUACCUGGAGCCGCUGCGCGACGCCGCCGAGGGCGUCCGCUCCCUCCUCCGGUGGCAGCGGCCCGUGUGCUCCCUCCUCGUCUGCCUCGGCCUCAACUUCCUCCUGCUCACCCUCGGCCAAGCUGCCUGGUACUCAGUGCUGGCCCUGUCGGUCGUGGUGCCGGCCCUGCUGGGCUACCUGCAGGAGGUGUGCCGUGCCCGGCCCUCGGAGCUGGAGCUGCUGCACAGGAGGUACCACAGCGUCCGCCGAGAGGACUUGCGCAAGGUGCAGCUCUCGCGGCAGGAGGCUGUCGCCCAGGUCAAGAGCUUCCUGAUCCAGCUGGAGGGGUUCCUGAGUGGGAUGUGCUGCAGCUGUGAGGCAGUGUACCGUGUACUAUACUGGGAGAACCCCACUGUCUCUUCCCAGUUUUACGGAGCGCUGCUGGGCUCUGUCUGUGUCCUUUACCUGUUGCCCCUCUGCUGGGUCCUGGCCAUCCUCAACAGCACCCUCUUCCUGGGCAACACCCAGUUCUACCAAGUGAUAAUGGAGCUCAAGGCGUCACUCGAGCAAUGUGUGGGCACCAAACCCAUUGAGAGCACUCCAGAGCCUGCUGAACCCCUGCCAGCUUCUGCCCCCCUGGAUCAGACCCCCACACCCACCAGCACAGAGGACCUUACCCCUGGCAGCGUGGAGGAGGCAGAGGAGGCAGAGCCUGACGAAGAGUUCAAAGAUGCUAUCGAGGAGAACCAGCUGCUGGUCAUGGAGGAUGACGAGAGCUCUCAGUGCUCAGCAGAUUUUGACCUCAGCCUCCCAGAUAAUGGUUUUAUGAGCAAAAAUGAGGUGAUCCGCAGCAAGGUGUCACGCCUGACCGAGCGCCUGCGCAAGCGCUACCCCAGCAACAACUUUGGGAGCUGCACAGGCUGCGCAGCCACUUUCUCUGUGCUCAAGAAGAGGACUCGUGUUGCUGUCUUGCUGCUGCCUGGUGUUCUACAGACUUGUGGUCUGCUCCCCUUCCUUCUGGCUCAGUCUGAUAUACCUCUGGGACUCUCUGGAACUUGCAUCCCUCCAGGACUACAGCAUAGGAAGUCAUCGGAACUGCAGCAACUGUGGGAACAGUUUCUGCUCCAGGUGUUGCUCCUUCAAAGUCCCCAAGGCUGUGAUGGGAGCCACAGCCCCGGAGGCCCAGAGGGAGACAGUGUUUGUGUGUGCUCUGUGCAACCAGGUGCUCAUCAAGUGACCAAAACAGGUCCAGCCAGCUCCUGGGUCCUGUGCUACCUGACAUCCAGGACAGUGGGUGCCCUGCCCUUGCUCACCAGGAGCCAGUGCUGCUUGGUUCCCAGCGUGGCAUCACCCUGCCAGAGGACACAUGCGCUUGCCACUCCUCCUGCCAGCGCCAGGCUGCGGGCAGACCAGCCCUCCUUGCCCCGCAGCACCAGCUGGGUCCCUGUGCUAGAGCUCUGCUCUUGUCCUUGGCAGCUGCUCCAAGACUUGGGUGCUCCCUGGGACUCACUGGGCCCUGCCAUGUACUUGCCCAGGCCCUGUGGCCUGGCUCAGUGAUGGAGGAGCCAUCCUUCCAACUUAUGGUCCUACCUCCACCUCCUCGGUGGGGCAGAACACCCUCAGGGAUCUGUCCCUACCUUUUCCAGCACUGUGCUAGGUGACUGUAUUUUUGGGAUCAAGUCAGAGCUCUACCUGCAUUUCCAGGAGAAGUAGUCUUGGGUCCUGGCUCAGCUGAGACCCUGCUAGUCCCUCCUGUGCUCCUCAGCCUCACUGCCUGCAGGUUUAGCCUUUCUCCCCCCAUAUUUGGCUGCAGCGCAGAGAAGGCAAGAGAGUGAAUUUGGGCUGGGCUGCGUGGCCGGAUCUCCAGCUGCAGCCUGAGAAGAGGCACAAGUUUGUGCUGCUCCGUGCACUUAGUGACUGCUGCUUUCUACUACAGAUUAAUAUAUAUGUGUAUAUAGAGAAUAACCAAUAAAUCUCUUCCCCUUAACUCA